GGAGCGGCAAUCAGCUGAUCUUUCCAUUACAGUCCGACAUGUUCGCGCGAAAGCUUGUUCGUGCUUCCUCCCAACUCGUGCCUGUCUUCCAAUCCUCUCCGAAGGCAGCACGGACUUUAACCCAGUGUAGAUAUGUGUCCUCCCAACAAAGCUAUGAGCCUGAAUAUGACAUUGUGGUGGUGGGAGGAGGCAUUGUGGGCAUGGCAACCGCCAGGGAACUCAUCCUGAGACACCCAGAGCUCAAACUGUGUGUUGUUGAGAAGGAGAACAGAUUAGCUGCACAUCAGAGUGGACACAACAGUGGUGUCAUACAUGCUGGAAUCUAUUACAAGCCUGGGUCUCUGAAAGCCAAGCUGUGUGUGGAAGGCCUUCAUCUAGCCUACAGGUACUUAGAAGAAGAAGGUAUCCCAUAUAAGAAGUGUGGUAAACUAAUUGUGGCUGUGAAUAAUGAAGAAGUUGGACGAUUAAUGGACUUGUAUGACAGAGCCCUGAAGAACAAUGUGCCGGAUGUACAGCUUGUAGAUGGUGAUCAGAUUAAGAAGCAUGAGCCAUACUGCAAGGGUGUGAAGGCAAUCUGGUCCCCACACACAGGCAUUGUGGACUGGGGCCUAGUUACUGAGCAUUAUGGCAAGAAUUUCCGAGAUAAAGGGGGAGAGAUCUUCCUUGACUUCAAGGUGACGGACUUCCAGCUGACAGACAAGAGCCAAAAGGACAGCACCAAGCCUAGCCAGCAUCCUGUCAGAGUCAUUAGCAAUGACAAGUCUAUCCGAUGCAAGUAUGUUUUGACCUGUGGUGGCCUUCAGUCAGACAAGCUUGCUAAAUUGUCUGGCUGUUCAGGAGAUCCACACAUUGUCCCUUUCCGAGGAGAGUACCUCCUACUGAACAAGGAGAAGGCUCACAUGGUGCGAGGGAACAUUUAUCCAGUGCCAGAUCCACGCUUCCCAUUUCUAGGUGUUCACUUUACUCCACGAAUGGAUGGCGAAGUCUGGCUUGGUCCAAAUGCAAUUCUUGCAUGGAAAAGAGAAGGAUAUCGGUGGCUAGACAUCAACAUCCGUGAGCUGUGGGAAACUAUCACAUACAGAGGUUUCCAGAAAUUGGCCAUACAGUACAUUGGCUUUGGUAUGAUGGAGGUGUUACGCUCCGCCUUUCCUAGAUUGCAGAUCAGAGCUUUGCAAAAGUUCAUCCCAGAGGUAACAGCAUCAGAUAUCAUGCGGGGCCCAUCUGGGGUGCGUGCUCAGGCUAUGAACAUUGAUGGAAGCUUAGAGGAUGAUUUUGUAUUUCAACGCGAGACAGAAUGUGAAUUGGGUUCAAAAAUCUUGCACUGCCGAAAUGCCCCAUCUCCAGGUGCAACAUCUUCCCUUUCUAUUGCAAAGAUGAUUGCAGACAAAUGUAAAGCAGAAUUUUCAUUGUGAGGGGUUGUGUAAUACUUAACUGUUCACAAGAUGUAUGGUUGAAAGUAACUGGGUAACCAUCAGAUUGCAUUUAAAAUUGUGAUAAUAAACUGAAGGUUAUGUACUUGUUAUAAAUAAAAAAUAUGUAUACUGGUGUUAGAAUCCAUAGUACCAAUAUACCUCACUGAAAGGUGACUAAUAUAUAGUUUGUUUUAUAUAAUUCAUAGAUUAUAUAUAUGUA